UAGAGUUACCUGCCCCUUCAAUGUUGUUUGAUCUGGCAAUAUGGCGGACCUGUGAAAGAGUUUGGUAAACCAGAAAUGAUGGUUUUCAGAGUUAGAAUCUGGCUGCCCUGGAAACCAUGGCCAGUAAGAAGGUAGAUAUUAACACAGCAAAUCUACAGGACUUUGCUCAGCUCUCUGGAAUUGGAGUAAGGAAGGCACAGGCUAUUAUCAAAUAUAGAAAGGCUGUGGGCGGGUUUACCAGUAUAUCGGACCUGAGUGAAGUCCCAGGACUGGGUUAUGGAAUCAUAGAACAGAGCAGACUUUGUCUGGAGUGUACAGUGGCGUCCAAGUCCAGGCACCGUGCUGCAAGGGGGAGGAAAUCCAGAAGUGAUGUAGAGCCAGCGGAGAGUGAAGUCCCUAUAGAGUCUCCUCAGCCCUCCACAAGCACCUGUCGGUCACUGCGGUCCCGCCUGAUAGAGACCCCCAGUACAUCAGUGUCAGAUGAUAGCCUCAACUCUACCCAGGGUAAGGCAGAGGGUGCACCACCAGAGGGAGUGGGGGCGGCAGAGGAGGACGAUGUAGGGGAGGAGGAGGAGGAAGAGGAGGGGCAGUGGAGCCCAGGGGAGGAUGGGCCUCAGGUAUCAGAUGAGGAGGUGAGUAGUCCCACAGAGAUAGACUCGGCUCCUCCCUCUCCACAAAACCACAGACCCAUACAACGACUUAACACCCAGCGCUCAAGGAUACCUGUUCUUGUGGGAAAGAUGAAAAGAAAAAGUUAUGGAUAUGGAGAGGAAGUCUGGAAACCACCCUUCAAAAGGCCCUGUCGUGCAGAUGACUUUGAUAGUCAAAGUACAUUUGGAAACUUGAAGAAGACCACAAUCAUUCCAUCCUAUGCUGGAGGACAUCGUCCCAGAAUUCCCUCCAAAGAGAACCCCCCGCCCCGCCUGAUGGAGUGGUUACAGACCUUCCAGAGAUGGAGUAAUGCAGAACGUCUUAUGGCUGUCGAUGAACUCAUUCAAAUUUGUGAACCCACUCAAGUGCGACAUAUGAUGCAGGUCAUUGAACCUCAGUUUCAGAGGGACUUCAUCUCACUACUGCCAAAAGAGUUGGCAUUGUAUGUUUUAUCAUUCCUUGAGCCAAAAUCGCUGUUGAAGGCAGCUCAGACUUGUCGAUACUGGCGUGUCCUAGCUGAGGACAACCUCCUGUGGCGGGAGAAGUGUAAGGAGGAGGGGAUCACGGAGACCCUGGUGUACGGCUCUAACCGGCUACGACGCAGGACAGGAUGUAGAAGUCCAUGGAAGGCCCUGUACAUGAGGCAGCAUCAGAUAGAACAAAACUGGAGGGCAGCUGAACUCAGGAGUCCUAAGCUGCUGAGAGGACAUGAUGAUCAUGUGAUUACGUGUUUAGAGUUCUGUGGCUCUCGUGUGGUCAGCGGUUCAGAUGACAACACACUCAAAGUCUGGUCUGUCAUCACAGGAAAGUGCUUGAGGACUUUAGUGGGUCACACUGGAGGGGUGUGGUCUUCCCAGAUGGAGGAUAACAUCAUUAUCAGUGGCUCCACAGACAGAACCCUCAAAGUGUGGAACGCUGAAUCAGGACAGUGCAUCAACACCUUGUAUGGACACACGUCUACAGUCAGGUGUAUGCACCUUCACAAAAACAUAGUUGUGAGUGGAUCCCGAGAUGCCACACUUAGAGUGUGGGAUAUCCAUAGUGGUGUGUGUAAACAUGUAUUAAUGGGCCAUGUGGCGGCAGUGCGGUGUGUGCAAUACGAUGGGAAACGGGUGGUCAGUGGUGCUUACGAUUACAUGGUGAAAGUCUGGGAUCCUGAAACAGAAACCUGUAUACACACUUUACAGGGACACACUAACAGGGUCUAUUCAUUACAGUUUGAUGGUGUUCACAUUGUGAGUGGAUCAUUGGAUACGUCUAUCAGAGUGUGGGACGUGGAGUCGGGGAACUGUCUACAUACACUGAUUGGUCACCAGUCAUUGACAAGUGGCCUCGAGUUAAAGGACAACAUACUGGUCUCAGGGAAUGCCGAUUCCACCGUCAAAGUGUGGGACAUCACUACAGGACAGUGCUUACAAACUUUACAAGGGCCAAACAAACAUCAGAGUGCUGUGACUUGUCUCCAGUUUAAUAAAAAGUUUGUCAUCACAUCAUCAGAUGAUGGAACUGUGAAAAUCUGGGAUUUAAGAUCGGGAGACUUUCUGAGAAAUCUGGUCUCCUUGGACAGUGGGGGGAGUGGGGGUGUGGUAUGGCGCGUCCGCUGCAGUAAUACCAAACUUGUGUGUGCUGUGGGAAGUCGGAAUGGCACAGAAGAGACCAAACUUCUGGUGCUGGACUUUGAUGUAGAGGACAAAAAGACAUGAUGUAUUGUGCAUGUGCUUGUGUUUAUUUGUGAUAACCUCAGUGCUUAAAGCAUGUGGUGUGUCCAGUUAAUGCAAUUUCUCAUCACGGGUCAACAGUGCUUCUGCACACUAAUGAACUAUUUUGGGCAUAAUGGUAAACUCUUGUUUCACGCUGUUGACUGAGGUGCAAGUUCAUCAUCACAUUAUUGUAUAGUGCAACAUUACCAAAAUCUGUUCAUGUUGUUGUUGUGUGGAGAUCUAUGAUUACUCAUACCCAACGUAAAACCUGAUGUCCCUUUGUGAAUGUGUGUUGUAAGAAAGCCAGGGCAUUCUCUUCAUUAGUAUGUAUUAUAUAUUAUAUUUACACUAUGGCCAGCAAACAAUUUAAUUAGAAUGCAAGGUAUCAAAUCAUGAGCUGAUUUUUUUUUUGUAUUCAAGAGUGUUGUGAAAUGAGGAGAUCAUCUAGUCAUGGAUUGAAUAAGUUUGUAAAAUUCUGAUGGCAAGAGUUCAUAUUUCAGUUACACUUGUGAUUUGUACUUCUUUUUAAUGAGCAUAUUUUAUCAAAUUGAUAUUUUCUACCAUGUUCAAGUUGCAGUUAAAAUGUACAUGAAAAUAAACAAUUAAAAUUCA